CACGAAUUGUCAUUGAACUCAAGUGUGCGGUGAACUGUCAUGUUCUUUUCCGCACUAGCAGUUGACCAGUUGUUAGCGACGUCUAUCUUUGUAAAUUGUGCAAGAUGGUUACCGCCAAGAAGCAGAAAAAGGCUUUGGAGAGCAUCAACUCCCGCCUGGCGUUGGUGAUGAAAUCUGGCAAGUACUGCCUGGGUUACAAGCAGACCCUCAAGACUCUCCGCCAGGGAAAGUCUAAAUUGAUCAUUAUUGCCAAUAACACCCCCCAUCUUCGCAAAUCUGAGAUCGAGUACUACGCGAUGUUGGCCAAGACCGGUGUACACCAUUACAAUGGCAACAACAUUGAGCUGGGAACGGCCUGCGGUAAAUACUACCGCGUGUGCACCCUCUCGAUCACCGAUGCCGGAGACUCCGAUAUCAUCCGCAGCCUGCCGGAAGCACAAGCUGGUGGUGCCGGUGCCGCACAGUAAAUGUCGCUAAUCGGUGUAAAUAUAUCGUUUGUUGGCGUUUCCAUCGUAUGGAGAUGGACGAUGAACAGGAAAUAAAACGUGGUAAAGAUGUUCGUGUGAGUCAGCAGAUGGUAUCGCACGGUAUCUU